AUGGUCAGCCGGGCAUACUACGAGACGUACAAGAAGCAUGAGCUUUAUCUUAUGAGGAAUAUCCUCCGUAUGGAUCGAAGACGGUCAACCAUUCAGCAUCACAUUCCAAUCGGUCCCAACACCAACGAAGAAAAGGUCCUCACGGAGGAAUCUGAUGUUCUUAAGCGGACACUACCUGAUACCGCAGAUGGCAUUACUCUUCAUAGCGUGGUUGAGACUGAAGGAGAUUACACGGAUUCUGAUGAUGACAGUGAUAGUCUGUACUCAACAUCAAUAACCCGGUCACUUCCCCGAUCAGCAGCUACUGCAAGCACAACCACCAGGGGACUAGACUACCAGGGAUCGUCAGACCUUGCGCUGAUCACGGACAGUCCCGCACGGACACCAAGGGCCCGAACCGGCACACCAACAUCCACAUCCCGGUCUCCGACGACCCCUCGACAAGCCGUGUUCGACCCACCACCUGCUCCGGCGUCGCCUGCAAUCACAAUCGACGAACCACCUCUCACAGUCGAAGAAGCCCAUCGAAUUCUCUGGCCAGACGACGCUAUCAAGGCAUCUGAAUCAACACUGCCUACCGCCCAUCACGGCGCAGAAGGCAUCCGUGAGAAGUUCCGUGCUGGUGAUCCUGCUUUUCAUCUGGGAUUGGAAGAAAAGACUCUUGUUCCAACGGGUGAAAAACAACUUAGGAGUGAACAUGACCGACAGGUUGGGCUGUUGAAAGGAGGUGAACCAAGUAAAUGA